UUUUUUAUUUUUUGUGAAUUUCCGGGCAUAUCAUCAUCUGCGAAGUUUCAGAUUGGACUUCCUCGUUCACCCUCUCAAUUCUCCGACUUUCUUAUAUAGAUUUUGCGUUCACCACUGACUUUUUCCCUUUCUUCUCCUCCUCCUCCUUCCUGUUCUUCUCGCCCUUGCGAUCUCUCUCAAAGUCUCUCUGUCUGAAUUUUUGGAAUUUCGUUUUCUCUGUAAUCUUUGAUCAUAUCAAGGAGAAAUCAGAAGAUUUCUGAUCUUUUUUUGGUGGGUUCUGGUCGUUCCUCGCAGACGACUUUGGAUUAAGGUUGUUUCUCGAAGAAAGGAGGAAGAAAUCUUACUGGGAUUCUGGGAAAGCUGUUGACUUUUUUUUGGUUGAUCGGUCAUAAUCCUGGCUUUUUUCUAUGAUCCGCAUGGUUCUUUGAGGGCGAAAACAUGCGUGGUUUGGACAGGGCUUCAUCGAUCAUUCACUUUACCGUUCAUGAAAAAGUAUGAUAAGCUCAUCUUGUAGUGGGUUUUACCAUGUUCAUGUGGGGAUUUCUGCUCCUGUCUGUUUAUUUCAUACCGGGCUCUGUUUAAAGACGGUACCUUGAAUUGUUCUAAGUCUACUUCUCAGGUCAGGUUUACUUCCAUUUCUAUACCACAAAUCCACGAUACAAACCCUUCACAUAUUUCCUUUCCCUGCUCCGUAUAAAGUUAUUUUUUUUCCUUGAAUUCAAUUCCUCUCUCUGAUCUCUCAUGGGUUUAUCAAACGAUCUCCUUUCUCUUGCUCCUCUUCCCAGGAUAUUUUCUUGAACAGUAUCGAUGUGGUGAAGAUAAAUACAGGUUCUUUCUUAGUUUCCGUAACGAAGGAGGCAGCUAGAUUUUGUUGUUAGGAUUGUGGGAGGUUCAGAUCUGUAAAUUCCCUCGUCCAGCUCUUUUUUCCUUUGAUUGAAUAUGGCAGAGUUUGAACCCGAGAUUCCCAUUUCAGAAGUUAAAAAGCAGGUGUUUGUGGCAUGUCACCACGUUGUUAAGGCACUGAGGGCAUCAGACAAUAAUCUUGAUGCCAACUUGAGUAAGCUUCUUACUGAUCUUGACUCCUACUUGUCGAACAUGGCAAUCGAGUCAAAAACUGAGGUCACAGGAUUUAUCGAGAUUGAGGACCAGUUCAAGGAAGCUGAGAAGAAAAUACAGAGUUGGGAAUCAAACCAAUCGAUGAUAUGGGAUGCUGGACCUAUCGAAGCAGAUCGAUUCCUUCAAGCUGUAUAUGAAAUUCAGACAAUUCUCACAGGUCUCAAAGGUAUACCUACCAAAGGUAAUGGGAAGGAGAAGGAUGUUUACAAUCGAGCUACAUUGGCUCUUGACAUUGCCAUGUCGAGGCUUGAAAAAGAGAUCUGUGAUGUUCUAUACAAGCACAAAAGGCAUGUACAACCUCGGUACAUGGCUAUUAGUUCCCGCAGGGUGGGAACUGUUAAUGGAGAUUCCUCUGACUCCCUUGAGGAUGAAGCUGAUAGUGAAGGUUUGGGUGAAAAUGAAAGGACGUGGGAACAGGAAAACACUGAUUUGGUUGAUCCCACCAUUGUUCCUCACAUUAAGGCUAUUGCUAAUGCCAUGUUUGCAUGUGACUAUGGCAGAGAAUUCUGUGGGGCUUUCAGCAAUGUUCGGAGAUGGGUUCUGGAAGAGUACUUGACCAUGCUGGAAAUGGAAAGAUUCAGCUGUGGGGAUGUCCUCGGAAUGAAAUGGGAAGAUUUGAACGAUGCAAUCGGGAAAUGGACAAGGGUCUUAAGGACUAUCAUCUGGGUCUAUCUCCCCGGUGAAAAGCAGCUAUGCGAACAGAUCUUGGGGGAAUUUGAAUCGGGGUUCUCCUCUUGCUUUAUCGAGAUCUCGAGAGAUACAAUCUUCUCACUCCUGAACUUCGGAGAAGCAGUGGCCAUGGAGUCUCACACGCCUGAAAAGCUGGACCGCUUGCUCAGCAUGUACGAGGUUUCAGCAGAUAUUCUCUUGGAUGUUGAUAAUCUGUUCCCUGAAGAAACGGGAUCAUCUCUCAGAAUAGCUUUCCAUCAGCUCUCAAAGAAUCUGGCUGAUUGUACAAGGGAGGCAUUCUUAAACUUCCGAGAAGCUGUCGCAUCUAAUGAAUCUUCACGUGCCUUUUCUAGAGGUGGAAUCCAUCCCCUCACCAAGUAUGUAAUGAACUACUUCAUGCUCCUCCCGGUUUAUACCGAUACUCUGAACUCACUGCUUAGGGACUUGGAAGUUGAUGAUUCGGUUGGCAUCUUUGAGCCUGAGAAAACCGGAAAAGACAUUCCUCCUUCAACGUUUUCUCCAAUGGCUAGGCAUCUCCGCUCGAUUGCUUCAGUGUUGGAGGCCAGCCUCGUCAGAAAAGCACAGCUAUACACGGAUGAGUCACUCAGUUACAUCUUCAUGAUUAACAAUCUUCAUUACAUGGUCCAGAAGGUUAAGGAAUCCGAACUGAGACAAAUCUUUGGAGACGAGUGGAUUAAGAGACGCAUUGCUCGGUACCAACACUAUGCCACAAACUAUGAGAGAGCCACUUGGAGUCCUAUACUGUCUUUGCUUCGAGACGAUAACUCUAAGACUGUCCUGAGGGAAAGAUGCAGGCUUUUCAGUGUCGGGUUCGAAGAGGUUUACAGAAACCAGACAUGUUGGUCUGUUCCAGAUCCUCAGCUUCGGGAAGAUCUACGAAUCUCGACUUCCGUUAAGGUAAUUCAGUCUUACUGGGGCUUCCUGGGGAGAAAUGCCGCUCGUAUAGGCGAGAGGCAUGUCAGAUACACAUCCGAAGACAUCCAGAAUAUGCUCUUGGACCUUUUCGAAGGAUCCCCGAGGUCAUUGCGUAACUCUCGUAGGAGAUGAGAUUAUGUCCGGAAAAUUCUUUCAAAGAUGAUAUGUCCGACCAUCAUCUGUCAGUUUUUUAACCUCUUUUUCUUGUCAUGUUUGUGAUUGCAAUACCUGUAAAUAAGGCUUUGUAGAUUUCUCUCAUUGCCUCCAGCUCGAACUUCAGCAGGCAAAAUAUGUCAAUGUACUCAUAUUUCUUCAUUAAUCAUUUUUGUAGCUUUGUUUGUGAA